AUGCCCAGAAAGCGCACUACUGAUGCAAGUUUUGCUCUGAAAAUGUUAAUGGAGAAGCACAGACAUAGUCAGAAGGAGCUGCACUGCGUCUUUGUGUAUUUAGAGAAAGUGUAUGACAAGGUGCUGAGAGAGGAGCUAUGGUACUGUAUCAGGAUGUCAGGUCUGGCAGAGAAGUACAUCAGAGUAGUUCAAGAUAUGUAUGAGAGGAUUUCUCAUGACUCCAGCAGUCUCUUGUCUGAAGAUCUGCUGCUGUGUGCGGUCUGUAUGUAUGUGUUCACUGAUCCAGUCACUACUCCAUGUGGACACAACUUCUGUAAGAGCUGCCUUACACAGUGCUGGUACAAGAGUCAACACUGUCUCUGUCCAUUAUGCAAUCAGAAAUUCACCAAGAGACCUAAACUAAAGAUUAAUACAACACUGAGAGAGGUUGCAGAUCACUUCAAGAAGAAAAGAGUGACUCUGGAUCCUGAUACAGCAAAUACAAAUCUCAUCCUGUCUGCUGAUGGAAAACAAGUGACAUGUGGAGACACACAACAGAAUCUCCCUGAUACCCCACAAAGGUUUGAUCGGUGUGUCUGUGUGCUGGGAAAGCAGAGUUUCUCCUCAGGGAGAUUUUAUUAUGAGGUGCAGGUCAGAGGGAAAACUGAAUGGGAUCUUGGAGUGGCCAAAGAGAACAUUAACAGGAAGGGGAAGAUUACACUGACUCCUCAGGAUGGAUUCUGGACUGUUUGGCUGAGGAAUGAGAAUCAGUAUAAGGCUCUUUCUGGUCCCUCUGUUCCCCUCACACUGAGAGAGAAGGUGGAGGUUGUGGGGGUGUUUGUGGAUUAUGAGGAGGGUCUGGUCUCCUUUUAUGAUGUGAAGUCCAGAUCUCAUAUCUACUCUUUCACUGGUCAGUCUUUCACUGAGAAACUCUAUCCAUACUUCUGUCCUUGUAAUAAUGAUGAAGGUAAAAAUUCAGCACCACUGAUCAUCUCUCCUGUAUUUAAGACUGAAUAAAUUUAAACCUCUCAAAUUUGAUCAUCAGAUAGUAAGAGUAAAAAGAAUUUGUUUACUUUUAUAGUUAAAUUUUAGAAAUACAUAUUCUUUUAAAAUGCUGUACAUAUUAUUUUAAUACCUGGUUUUAAUUGUAAUCCUACAGUCUGUUUUCUUAUUAUUAUGUGACAUUAUGAUUGUGGAACUUUGUCAUUACAAAUCACAUAUUAAGAACCUGAUUAUCCAGCAAUCAGGAUAUUUUGUGUUUGUUUUUUGUUUAUGGGAAUCUAUUUUUUUUCGCUGUAUUGGUGCGUUUUUUGUUACAUUAUAAAUAGUAGGAGUAAUUCAUAGUUCAUUUAUAAGAUGAAAAAACCCAGGUGUAAUUCAUUUGUUGUUAUCCCAUGAUGCUCCGAGUGUACUACAUAAGUACUACAUAAGACUGGAAGUGUAGAAGAGAG